AUGGGGGAAGCCGCGAUGCCGGAAGCGGGCACAGCCGUUGAUCCUGCGGAACGCGGAGGAGACUCCGCGCCUUUCGAGGUAGAGGCGACUCGUCGGACGGGCGCUCUCACAGGCGGAGACUGCACAUCACAUUCCCCGUGCGAGGCGCCGUCGUCACCAAAUGCUGGCGCCUCACCGCCCGCAGCAUUGAGCCUUUCCCCCGACAGCAUCCGCGAGCCCGCGCGUUCAGAGUGGGAGAACCAUUUCUCUGAGGGGAAUGGUCUGAUUGGCGCAGCCCCCUCGGUGGGCGCACCCUGCGCCGCAGUUUCCCCCAACGUUGCGCCAACCGAUGGCGCAGUCCCCCCCACGUCGAGCAUUUCCCCGGACAGCAUCAAUGAACCCGUUUGCUCCGGCGCGAAUAUUGGCUUUGAGCGGAGUAGUGAGUUUGGUGGAGAGUGCGCAACCCGAAACCCCGACCAACCGCCUGCUGACUCCCCCCCGCCAGACUCGUUGGAUGCGCCUGAUUCACUGCCGCCGGUAUCCGCAGUGCUAUCUCCAUCGGCAGUGCCGCCCACAUCUACACAACCAGUACCCAUCGACGCCCCUCCGCAUCCGAAGCUGAUGAAGCAUUGGAGAGAGGAGAAGGCGGAAGCUUCACACUGGUGGCUCCUGGGAGAGCGCCACGUGCCCUGCGUCUCGCUGACACGUGGCGCCAAGCUGGAAGCGUACGAUCCCGUGGAUUUCCACUUCCCGAAAGGCGAGGCGAGGGGCAAUGGUGAGGGGGGCGGACGGGUUGGCGGAAAGGAGGGCGGAAAGGAGGGCGGAAGGGGGCGCGGAAGACCGCCCAAGUGGGCAAGCAAGGGGAAGUGGAGCAAGACGUCCGGUGGGAGCGCCAUCGUCCGCUUUGGAACCACCAGAGGAGGGGAGGUAUCCCGCUCUCCCUCCCUCCCACUUCUUUGUUGGUUUUCUUCCCUUGCUCCUUCUCUCCCUCUCUCCGUCUCCCCCUCUCACCGCCUCUCCCUCUCUUCCUUUCUCUCCCUCUCCCCCUUUUUCGCGCGGGUGCCAGGUGGGAUCGCUGCCGCGGGAGUGGGCGGCGGCGCUGAUACCACUGCAGGCGGAGCGGAAGGUGAAGCUGCGCGGCUACGUGCGCUCCGCCCCGCCAUGCCUGGACAUGUUCUCAGGCAUCGAGCUCACCGUCAGGUGUACGUGCAGCAGUGCUGUUUCGAGAAGCUCACCCGGGUGAAGGAGCGGGUUGUUGAGGCGGUGCGUGUGAUGGUGUACGUGCAGCAGUGCUGCUUCCAGAAGCUCACCCUGGUGAAGGAGCGGGCAGCAGACGCGCUACACGUCAGCACUGCCGCCCACAUCACCAUGCUGCUGCGCUUCCUGAACCUGCGACCGACCCGCCCGGCGGAGUUCACACCAGCAGACUUCAAUCGCCAUACGGAGAACCUGGGCUUUGGCUCCGGCUGUACUGAUCGGCAGGCGGCGUCUAAGAGGGUGCGGGCGACUGUUGCAGGGGGUGAGAGCAACGAGGAGGGCGAGGGAGAGGCAAGGUCGAUGACAGACGAGGAGGUGAACCGCUACGUGGGUGUCACCACCAACAACCAGGCGCUGCCGGAAAUGGAGCCUCCCCCGGGUGUGACCUCGCAGCUGCGGUGCUACCAGAAGCAGGCGCUGCACUGGAUGCUGUCCAUGGAGGCCCUGGGACAGACUGUGCCCAGCAACGGCCAGCCCGUGUCAGGGAAUGCUGCUGAUGGUGGUGACGGUGGCAAGAGGACGCGUGCACGGGAUGAGUGUGAUACACUGCACCCUGGUGGCACACCGUUCUACCACAACGUUUUCUCAGGGGAAGUUACCCUGGAGUUUCCAAGCGCAAUGGAGAGGAGCAGGGGAGGGGUGAGUGGGAAGAAACAGAGGAUGGUGGGGGGUGAUUUCGGGAAUGGUGGUGAAGGGGAAACGGGAUUCGAACAUUGGGCCUAUGGGUCCAAACGAACAAUUCUAGCUGACGCCAUGGGUCUGGGCAAGACGGUCAUGACCAUUGCUCUCAUUGCUGCGAGCAAGGCGAACAGAGAGAGGGAGAGGGCGAAGGGACCAGGGGGGAAACCGGGAGGAGUGGUGGGGAAGAUGGAAGGAGGAGGGGUGGUGAAACAAGUGAGGGAUGGGAGACGACACGGAAACAUAAACGGAGCAUGUUCUGUUGCAAUCGUUGCUGCUUUUAAAGAGGAUGUGGCCGCAGUUGGGAGUGCUAAGCGGAAGAGAGGGGAGUGCAGUGCGGUGGUGGGAGCAGGGAGAGGGAUUCGUGUUGGUUCAAGGAGGAAGAAGCGAGUGAAGAGGGAGGUGGAGGAAGGGCCAGGAGAGGGAGGUGAUGUAGCGUUCUUUGACUAUGAUUAUACCGAUGAGAAUGAGGAUGAGAAGGAGGAUGAGGAUGGGGAUGAGGAGUAUUUGCCUGGUGGGGAAGGCGAUGAUGGUGGUGGUCGUCGUGAUCGUGCCGAUGUUGGCAGUUCUGACAGCGAUGGUGGCGGUGCUGACAGCGAUGAUGCAGAGGUGCAGGAAGUUGGCGCCAGUGGAAGGUGCGCCAUCUGCCCUCAAUCCCACGCCUUCUUUCCAAAAGCCAAUUGCAGUGAUGGCGUGCUCGCAGUGAUGGCAUGCUAUGGCUCUCAUCUCAGCGGAGAAAAUACAAUUACUCCCUUUAGGCGGAGUGCGGAGUGUGAGGCGCACACUGCGCCUGGUGUUCUGUCAGUGAUGGUCUAUUACGGGUCUCAACGGCAGGAUGAAGCUCGCCUGCUGGCACAGCACGAUGUGGUGAUCACCACCUACGGCACGCUGCAGGCCGAGUACAAGCGCUACAACAAGCACACGGCAGAAGACAGUGUGGCAUCAGCAGCAGGAGCGGCAGGAGCUGCAGGGGCGGUGCCACAGGGCCCGCUGCAUAGUGUGCAGUGGUGCAGAGCGGUACUGGACGAGGCUCACUGCAUCAAGAAUCGCGCGUCUGGUGCUGCUGCUGCUACGUUCGCCCUGCAAGCUGAUUCCCGCUGGUGCCUCACUGGCACGCCCAUCCAGGUGAGCGGCGAGGAGGGGGAAGUGGGUGGAGGGGGGGGGGAAGGAGAGGGGGUGGUGAGUGGGGAGGAGGGGGAAGUGGCUGGAGGGGGGGGAAAGGAGAGGGGGUGGUUCUCUGCAUCAAGAAUUGCUCGUCUGGUGCUGCCGCUGCCACCUUUGCGCUCCAAGCUGAUUCCCGCUGGUGCCUCACAGGCACGCCCAUCCAGGGAGGGGAAGCGGAUACUAGUCCUGCCGCCCAUAUCUUACCGCGUGAUCUCGUGCGACUUCUCCCCGGAAGAAAGGGACUUCUACGACGCGCUGCAUAAUAAGUCCAAGGUCAAGUUUGACAAUCUCGUGGCACAGGGAAAGGUGUUGCACAACUAUGCCUCCAUCCUUGCCUGCCUUCCUCCUUCCCCAUCCCACUCUAUCACGCGUUCUCGACUGUCUCUGCGCCCCAACCCUCUCUCCCUCUCCCACCGCCCCCCACCAGGUCAAGUCUGCGACCACCCGUUUCUCGUUUUAAGCCGCUCCGACACAAUGGACGACGAGGACCUCAGCAAGCUGGGACGAAGGUUCCUCGCAGCUUCCUCACUGGGAGCAGCAGGUGCUGCUGCUGGUUGUGCUGCUGCUGCUGCCGACGCUGCUGCUGCAGCUGCAGGAGCAUGGGGUGAAUCAAGCAGUGACCCCAAUGGGUGGGAUGAAUCCCACAAGGGCCCAUCGUGGGAGUAUGUGCAGUCAGUAUUAGAAGGCCUCAAGAGGAGGAGGGAGGGGUUAUCGCAGGGAGGGGACGAGUGUCCGGUGUGUCUUGAGGCAGCAGAGGACGCGGUGUUCAUGCCCUGUGCGCACAUUGCGUGCCGCGAGUGCCUGCUCACCGCCUGGAGGCCUUCAGUCAAUGGCCCUUGUCCUGUCUGCCGUCGGCAAAUCCUGCGCAGCCAGCUCAUCACAGUGCCACGUGCCAGCCGCUUCUCAUUGGACGUGGAGGCCAGCUGGCAGGACUCUGUGAAGGUCCGCCAGCUGUUACAGUGCCUGGGCGAAAUCCGGGCGGCGUCGGCUCGGCAGGGAUCGAAUGGGGGGGGAGGAGGGGAGAAGAGCGUGGUUUUCAGCCAGUGGACGGCCUUUCUUGACCUUUUGGAGAUUGCAUUCAAAAGGGCCAAGGUGCCAUAUGUGCGGCUGGAUGGCAGCAUGUCACAGCAGCAGCGGGAGAGGGCAAUAAACGAGUUGAAGGAUAACCCCAAGGUGGAGGUGCUGCUGGUGUCACUCAAGGCAGGCGGCGUGGGGCUCAACCUCACUGCUGCCUCCCACGCCUUCGUCAUGGACCCCUGGUGGAACCCGUCAGUGGAGGAGCAGGCUGUGAUGCGUGUGCACCGCAUAGGGCAGACUCGCCCUGUUACAGUAACGCGCUUCAUAGUGCGUGACUCGGUAGAGGAGCGCAUGCAGAAGGUGCAGCUGCGCAAGGAUCAAAUGGUGCAGGGAGCGCUCAUGGACGAUGGUGCGCGCAGCGCACGGAUCAAUGAGCUCAAAAUGCUCUUCAGAUAA